UUAACGCUGAGGGAAGAGACUCUCUUUUCACACACACACACAGCACAGAGAGGAGCCAGCACCGGCUAGAGACACACACACACACACACAUACAAACACACACACAACAACAAAAAAAUAUACACACAUGCACUGGGAGAAAACGGGAGGUGGACUGAGACUCCAGCUGUAGCAUGUCCACUGGCUGCAGUCAGACAUGUAGGAGGAGGAGGAGGUGCUCCGCUCGCCGCUCCACGUCCGUUUCAGCCCUCUAAGCACCUCCCAUCCCUCCCCCACCCCCUGAAACGCUCGCUCCCUGGCUCUGCGGUUGCUGAGGGGCUGGCAGGAAUGACCCGGGAGAGCGGGAGACACAAGGAGAUGCGCUAGAUGGGGCUGCCGGCUGGGAGGACUCUCUGAUCCCUGAUCCCUCCUCUUCUCCACGCUGACAGAGAGACAGCAGAACUCUGAUUUGCCCCACAGACGCGUGCCCAUGUAGGAGGGCAUGGCUGUGUAGACCGAGGGUCUUCAACAAGCACAGCUUGAGAGCAGGACCACCACGCAGAUACGCACACCACAGUCCUGACACCUGCGCGUGUUUGUGGCAGACCCCUGCGCAAAAGAAGAAACUCUCGUCCGCCAGGCAGCAUUCAGAGAUCGUGAAUGAUUGCGAAUCAGAAAGUGCAACCCCAUCCCAUGCUGCUCCCUCCUCUCAUGGGAUGGCCAAGGUCCAGGAUGGACACACGAAUGCAUGUGACAGCACUGCAAUGUUAGAGGAGAGCCAGGAUGGUAUGGACAGCGGUACCCUAAGUCCUGCCUCAGCUCGACAGGUCACCAUCCAGCGCCACCCGACUCAAGGCUUUGGCUUCAUUGCAGGCAGCCAGAGACCUGUCAUUGUACGCUCCGUCUCUGUUGACGGCCCCUCCUUUGGCAAGCUUCUCCCUGGAGACCAGAUCUUGGCCAUUAACGAGGAGACGGUGAGCGACGCGCCCCGAGAGAGAGUCAUAGACCUUGUAAGACGCUGCAAAGACACUAUAGUUCUCACUGUGCUGCAGCCCCAUCAGUCACCUAAGUCUGCCUUCAUAAGUGCAGCCAAAAAGGCCCGCCUGCGAACCAACCCGCCUAAAGUGCGCUUUUCAGAGCAAGUGUCCAUCAGCGACCCAGACUCAACAAUGCUCAAGGACGAUUCCUUGCUGCUGAUACCAAAUGUGUUGAAGGUGUUCUUGGAGAAUGGACAGAUUAAGUCCUUCACAUUUGAUAGCCGCACCACUGUUCGGGAUGUGAUCUCCUCCCUGCAGGACCGCCUCUCACUGCGCUACAUUGAGCACUUUGCCUUGGUGCUGGAGGCGGGUGGUCUGGAUCAGAAUCAGAGGCUGCAUCUGCUGCAGGAGAACCAGCCGCUGACACAUGUGGUGCAUAGAACCUAUUUCCAAGGGAUGAAGUGUCUGUUCCGCGUCUGCUUCUUCCCCAAGGAUCCUGCAGACCUGCUAAGAAGGGACCCUGCUGCCUUUGAGUACCUCUACAUACAGAGUCGUAAUGACGUUAUCAAGGAGCGCUUUAGCAUGGACUGGAAAUCUGACAUCACGUUACGACUGGCCGCGCUCCACAUCUACAUCACCGUGUCCUCUGCGAGGCCCAAUCAGAAGAUCUCUCUCAAGCACGUCGAAAAAGAAUGGGGGCUAGAGCCUUUCCUUCCACUCACUCUACUUCCGACAGUGAAGGAGAAGAAUGUGUGUAAAACCCUGUCUCAGUUGCUGAAGACCUACCAGCAUCCACCACCGUCUGGCAACAAGGUCCCACCUCUCCAAGGAAAGCUGCAGUACAUGCGUGUACUCAAUGACCUCCCACCUUUUGGUGGAAUACUGUUUCAUACUGUUGGACUGGAUGAGAAACAAUCAGCUACAACACUACUGGUGGGCCCUCGACAUGGCAUUAGUCAUGUGAUAGACCUGAAAAACAACCUCACAACAGUUCUGGCUGAGUUCAGUAGGGUUUCCAAAAUUCAGCUCUACCGAGAGAGCCAAGGAGUUGCUCGUGUGGAGGUGACAAUUCAUGAGGCCAAGCCACUGGUUCUACUCAUGGAAUGGCCUGAUGCAAGUAACUUUGCGAGCCUCAUAUCUGGCUACUACAAGCUGUUUGUAGACCCUAAACGGACCAUCUACUUCCGGAAUCCUGGUCAGUCUCAGCUGACCAAGGCAGAUUACAGAAGCUCCCACCAUGCCCACCCACGCUCUGGGGCAACCGGUUUGCCAAGUGGAGGGCGACGAGGGGACGAGAGGGAAAGCUCGCACAGGGAAACAGGGUCUUCAAGAGCCCUAGUUCCUGCAGAGUCUCAACAUCUUGGGUUGUGUCAUGUUCACCUUCGAGAGCAACAACAAUUUCCAGAACUCCAAACACAUGCUGAAGCUGAACUCGACAUCAAUGAGAACUUUAUUCCUCAAGAGCCCCCUGGACGGCCCCGAACCAAGUCAGAUCCCACCCAGCAGAGUACCGAGGAAAUAGCUGGGGGCAGUUUAGAAAGCCCAGCAGUGGAGAAUGCAGGAUUUAGAAUUCGAGCUCAGACAAUGGGUCAAUCCCAGAAAAGCGUUCGAUAUUUCUGUGACUCCUGCAAAGCCAGGUUAAGGGCAGAGGGUCUGUCAACAACAGUGAACACAAGUGGGAGUUCGGGGAAAUAUUGUUCCAGUGCUUGUGCCUCCCGAGAUGGAGGUGCUGUUGACCUCAUGGCCCUUCCUCCUCCUGGGAAUGACGGGGAGGACGAGGAGGAGGUUGAUGGUGGAGGAGAGACGCUGCAGCCACCACCACCUGCUAUUGCUGCCCCACCACCUGGCUUCAGGGACAACAGUUCCGAUGAAGAUGACCCAAAGAGAGGGAGGAAGGCUCGAACUACUGCCAGUGCAGGUGUCACCUCUGGGAAGCUGGCACAAGCCAAGGAAGAUGUGCCUGUGACACUGAUUGAUAAUGUUUCUACAAGAACAGUCCGAGAUCAUGCCCAGGAGCUUGAUGACGCACUGGUGUCCACCUUACAGGCGCUCGAGGCUUUAGCAGCCUCUGAGGACUACCCCCAUCAUCCUCAACAACCAACACAGACUGCAGGGCUGAUUGUCUUAGCUGCCAUUACACCUGAGUCAUCACUGGACUCAGGCCAUGAGACGAACUCUUCUGAGUUGACAGAUGUUUCUGAGAUGGUGACAGCUAUGAAGCAGAACCAGAAUCAGGCCUACCUGCUGGCUCAUCACAUCAACAAGGACCGUAUCCUCUGCCGGCGUGACUUUCCACUAGCAAUCCCCGGCUGCACUGCAAAGACCAUAGGGACUGGGGCGUUCUCUGUGGGUCAGAUUCGUGCUGGCUGUCCACCGAAGCAAGUAAUCCUAAGCAAGACUGUUCCCUUUAAAGUCAGCCCCAGCCAAGACUCAGCUAUACUCAGUGUUGUGACAGAGCAGGGGGACACUGCUCAGAAUGAACAGAAAGCAGAAGUUAAGGCAAAAUCUGAAUCCACCAAAGCAAAAACCCCUGAUCCACUUUCCAAGUCACCUGAAGAACUUAAAUUGCCUGAUGCUUCACUGGCAGUUCAAGUCAGUAAAGAUCAGAAAGGAUCAAAUUCUUGUGAAGAGACAGUGAGCCAAAAUCUGUCUGAUGGUACAAAAGGGAAGACAUCAGCACCUCUUAAUACAGACUCUAUAAAUAAAGCCUUACCUAUUCUCUUGCCUGUGGACAGAACAGUCUCUGUCAAGAUUUCACCCUCUAAAACGUGCCAAGAUGCCAAGACUGCCUCUAGUGAGACCAUGAAGCCUUCAAGCUCAACAGAACUUCUGCCAGUUGAUGAUCUUUUCUGCACAUGUCCAGUGCAACAGGAGCCCACAACUCAACUAAGACUAAAAGACCCACAGGUACAGAAGAUAGUAGUGUUUCAAUCCUCCUCCCCGACAGAUGAUGAACGUCUUCGGGCCAAAGGCCUCCAGCUGGCUAACAACAAAGAAAAUGCAGGGAGAGUAGGAGCAGAUCCUAGUCUGGCAAAACCCAGUCCACAAAUACAAACCAAGUACUCCCCUCGUUUGCCAGUAAAGGUAGAGAGAAAAGAAGCCACUGAAAGCAAGACGGAAGGUGCCCAAGGCAAAUCCAUUCCUGAGUCACAGAAAUGCCCCAUGAAAUCCUUACCUAUUUUAGAUGAUCCAACAACCCCUAACCUUUCUGUAGAUAAGGUCUCCACUCUCCCAGCCAGAGACUUAAAGAAGCAAAGCAGUGGUAAAGGAAAGUCCCAGCGCAGUGCCCCUUUCUUAAGUUUUAGAAAUCUUCUUUCAGCAACUUUUCCGGCAAGAAUGCGAAGAGAAACAGAUGAAAGAAGGGCGCAGUUGCAGAAAGUCCGCCAGUAUGAGCUAGAAUUCUUAGAGGAGCUACUGAAACCCAAAUCAUCACAGGGAGAAUUUUUGCCCCAAGGAUCCUCACCUGUGCCCUCGGGCACUCCGUGUGCCUGCCAACUUCGCACCAGUCCUGUCCUAAAGGCACCAGGGAUUUCCAGAGAGCAGCGACGCAGUUGUGACUGUAAGCGAAUGUGUAGGGGUAUGCGACUACCUGACACGCCAGUUGGAUCAACAACGGAGGCACAAAACAGGGGUAGAGAGAGAGCUAUCUCGAAGACCCCUCCAGUAGUCUCCAAAGCCCCUCACACACAAGGUUCGACAAGGAGACCUCGGACCUUAGAGAUCAAGACCACAAGAAUACGAUCUACCAGUCUUGAGUCAAGAGAGCCUAGGGGAGAGCUAGGCUCCUGCUUGCCCACCUGCACUUCUCAAACAGAUUGCAUGGGAGCUCCACAAUAUAAGAAGCUCCAGAGGCGAUACAGUAUUGGAGAGCUAGAUAAUAGCACUAGUACACCCGUGUAUGCUGAGGUGAAGCCAAAAGCCAAGAGUCUAGAGAAGGAGAUGGAGAGAGUGAGGGCCACUGGACUGAGGCUUCCCACUCCAGUAGAGCCAGUGCACACUCAGUCUCACCAGGCAGAAGGGAAAGGAAAAAAAGGUGUGUUUUUCAUUCAGGGAGAGGAAUUACUGCGUGAAAGCAAAGAAGGGACUGGAGAGGUGUUACUGACCUUGCCUAGUGAAGACAGUGAUGACAAGGAUAAAUGCUGCUCCUUCUGUUUCUGCUACAGAAAGUGUGAGGCUGCAGAUGAAAGCAGCGAGAAAGAUGAACUCUCCUACUCCAUACCCCUCCAGGUCCUUCCAGGCAUGGAACUGGACUCACGUACCUUUCCUGUUGUAAGCAAAACACUUCAAGUUCUUAAUGCAGAAGACUGCAGCGGAGAGGAAGAAGAGGAAGAAGAGGAGGAGCCACAGACUCAGGAGAUUGACCUGAGAGCAUGUGGUACACUGGAAGGGAGUCUAGCACGGGUACAGGCUCUACAAGGGAAAACAUUCAGCUUGCCUGAUGGUUUCCUAAAUGCACAGUUGGAUGCAAAUGAGUUGCUAGCUAUCCUACGUCAGUGUGCUAACAGCCCACAAGCUGAGGGUGAGGCUCGUCUUCAGCCCUCACGGAUAACAGAGUACAAACAGGAGCUAGCAGUGCGCUUCAAAGAGUUCAGAGCGUCGUGUCGGAGAGUGGCAAGUGUUGAAAAAAGCCCAACACGUAUGCUUGCCGUAGUCUCGUCUAGCUUUCAAGUGUUAUGUGAACUAACUCAGACCUUCAUCAAACUGGUCAGAGGGGUUCGUUCUGAAACCCAAAGGUUGCAGCUGUUGCGAAAAGUUGAGGAAGUAGCUAUCAACUACACUUUGCUUCUGCGUGCAGCAGAAGAGUCAAUGGGGCACUCAAGCAGCUUGCCAACAAAGACAAUGAGUCCUCCAGUUUCCUCCAACGCUAACAACAUGAGCUCGCUCACUCGGCCCAUCAAAACUCUGCCUGCCCAGUAAGGAUAUAUCUGGCAGGAAUGUAAUCAGAACAGAACUGGAAUGUGGGUGACUGUUCUAUCCAAAUUCAUUAUUUAUUUAUUGUUUACAAUUUUUACAAAACGUGCAAUGAAUCAUCCUCAACGCAACUGUUCCAUCCCAUGUUUACAGGCCCUGAGGUAGCCUUGUGGAUCUUGUUUCGAAUAUAAAGAUACACCAAACUAAUGCACAAUGGAAUAAGUACCCUACAACAGACUGGGUGAUACAGGGCUAAUCACCUCAUAUCAGUAUUCACAAUAUACAUAGGUCAUUAAAGUAUAAUAUUUAUAUGUAAUGUAUAUUUGAGUUGUCUCUACUUAGCAAAUAAUAUAAAGUUUUGUGAAGAAAAAAGGUGAAAAAUAUAUUUGAAAUGUAUUGAAUUAAGAGGAGUAUAAAAAUUAUAAUACAUCAGAAAUAAAUGUAUGCUUUGGACAAAAAUAUUUCAGAGAUCUUGUCGAGUAGCGACUUCUGUAAAAUGCGUAGUCCAAAGGGUUGGUUGGUUAGAUGGUGAUGUGUUUAUUUGUUGAAUUUUCUAACUGUUGUAAUGCAAAACUGAUCUCUGUUGGAUCUCAUGUUGACAGUGUCCAAAGUACUGAUACAAGACUGAAAAUGUACAUGACAGUGUUGGUAAAUGAAAAGCGCAGGAAGAACUAUACUUAUCCACAGAGGCCCAUUUUCUCAACACAAUAGAGCAGGUAUCAAACACCUGUUUAGUGCAGACAAUGUAGCAGACACUCAAGUCACGAUCUUAUCUACUGUACAGUAUUGAGUGUUGUUACCUCACUCAGCUGUAAACAAAACAUACCCACCAUGUACUUAAAAACACAAGCAGUGUAUUUUACACCACCAUUAUCCUAUAGCUCUCUUGCAUCACACUGGUAGUGAAUUAUAGUGUUAAAUCUAGACAUCCACCUGCAAGAGAGAAUGUUCUCACUAGGAUUUUGCACAACUUCUGGGAUGAGAUCUGAGGUCGAGAUGAAUCCUUUAAUGUUGGAUUUGGUGUUUUUUAUUCACUGCUGCUGGAAAACUCACUUGAGCCAACACCACUAGUUUUUCAUUAUUCAUCCUCAAAGCGAAUGCUGACCCAUUUCAAAAGAUUCCUUUGUUCUUAUUCAGGUUUUCAGAUACAAUAUAAACAAGUUUGCUUUCUAUGUGCUGUUACACAUUGUGCAAUUUAGCAAAUAUAUAAGAAACACACAAAGUAGUUUUCUAUGUAUUUUAAUAAAACUAACACAUCAUU